CCCAGCGGACGUCCACCUCCUCCCUGCUCUCCUCGCCGCCACCUCCCACCGGUCUCCGCCGUCGCCUUCCUCUCCAUCGUCACCGGCAUCGGUCUUCUCCUCCAAUCUCCUCAGGAGUCUCAAUCGGUGGUGGGAGGCUUGGAGCGUUCGAACAGGGAAGUUUAGAUCCGAGCCGAAUAAGGAAGUUUAGACGAUAGCUAGGGGCUGAAUCCAGAAAGUGUGAUUGUUCUUAUCCAAUUACAAGGGAAAAGAAACGGAGAAUUAGGGUUAGGGUUUUGGUGCCUAGCGCUGGUCCCGUGACUCCAAUCCCUUGGUCUCUUCUUGGUCCAAAAUGACGACGAUCGUGGCUACCUCAGAGGAAGAUCCGGUGCUCGCUGUCGUUCGAUUCACGUCGGAGCUUGCCUGGGCUGAUGCAGGCCCCGAGGUUGCAGAACCUCAGGUGACAAGACUUUACAUUGAAGCCCAAGAUUGUAUGGUUAUGAAUAGAUGGUUGGAUCUGGCAUCUUUACUGCUUACUUCAGCAGACUUGAUUGUGUCACGAGUGUCAGAGAAAGACCUGGAAUGUAUUUUCAGCGUUAUCUGCAAUCUUGUCACAAGAGCUAGUACUCCUGAUGAAGAACUAGAGAUGGCCAAGCUUAUUUCAGCAAAAGUUGUACAGCAUCCAAAUGAUAAACCUGUUUGGCGCCUGAAGAUUUUGUUCAAUUUGUACAAUCUGCUAGAGAAUGCCCACAGCAGGUUCCUUGUCUACAGCAAAGCACUUAAUUUGGCAGCCCGUGGAAAAGUUACUGAAAGCAUUAUACCUUCUUUCAAAAAGAUAGAUAGUUUUCUGCAAGAGUGGAAUAUUGGAAAAACAGACCAAAGGGAGCUUUUCCUCACCAUCUUGAACGUUUUAAAGGACAAGAGCAUGGUCAAAGAUUCUUUUGCUUUUCUGACCAAGUAUUUAGCUACUUUUUCUGGUACUGGUGACGAGUCAUAUGCGAUGAAUGAGGCCAAAGAGGAAGCCGUGCGGGCUGUUAUAGAGUUUGUGAAGUCCCCAGACAUUGUUCAGUGUGAUCUGCUAGAUAUGCCUGCUGUUGGGCAGCUGGAAAAGGAUGGAAAGCAUGCAUUGGUUUACCAGCUAUUGAAGAUCUUUCUCACUCAAAGGCUUGAUGCCUAUCUAGAUUUUCAUGCUGCAAAUUCUACUUUACUUAAAAGCUAUGGUCUGGUUCACGAAGACUGCAUAACGAAGAUGAGGUUGAUGUCAUUGCUAGACUUAAGUUCCAACGAGUCUGGUGAAAUUCCAUAUUCUGUCAUCAAGGACACACUUCGGAUCACAGAUGAGGAGGUAGAAUAUUGGGUUGUCAAAGCAAUUACCUCCAAACUUUUGGACUGUAAGAUGGAUCAGAUGAAUCAAAUAGUGGUCGUGAGCCGACAUACAGAGAGAGUUUUUGGACUAUCACAGUGGCAAUCUCUCCGUUCCAAGCUUGGAGCUUGGAGGGGCAAUAUUGCCAAUGCCAUCAGCACUAUCAAGGCUAACAAGAUAUCUGAAGAAGGACUACAGGCAAUGCAAGGAUUGGUGAUUCGCUGAAGUUUGUCAACGUCACGAGCAAUGAAAAGUAUCAAGCAAUUGGUGAGAUACUUCAUUUGAUUUAAGACAGUGAAAGGGCAUGCUAUCUGCCAAACAAGCCCCUCCAAUGAAAUCCAACGGGUUUCUGUAACACUUGAUUUUUUUUUUUUUGGGUUAUCGUAUAUUUGCUGAAUUCUUGUCAUGUAGACCUUUAAAUGAUCUGAUAACAGUGCAGAUUUGUCUACAAGAUUAUUUCAGUCAUGACCCAAUGAGCACAGAAUGUAAUCUAGAAAUCAUGGAAUUGAUUUUUUUUUCCUAUUUUUUUUCCUAUAUAUUGCAGGCAUUGCUGAUGAUAAUCCAUGUUUGAAUGUUCUGUAUCUUGAUACCUCAUAAUGGUUGAGUCCUGUAAAGCACAUUUGUUAUUUAGUACAAGAGCACCAAACCUCAAGUUAGCCAGCUCAAA